UGCCUUGUGCCCUGUGUGCCCAUUUCUCGAUGGAAAACAAUGACUUCCUUUAUGUCUCCAGUUUGGUCCAAGAUCACUUGAAACAUGUUUGCCAGGAAAUACAGCUCGAAGAAGCUCCCAGCAGAGCUGCCCAGGUCUUACGGAAAGUUGCACCUUCACUUCAGGAAGAAGUAGAAGAGAAUCUGAGACCGUAUUUGAACUCACUGGCGAUCGGCUCCAUCCACGAUGCCAGUAGAAUUUUCAGUCAAGUGAUGGAAAAGGAAUUUGCAGAUGGAACCACCAACUGGGGACGGAUUUUGACAAUAUUCCUGUUUGGAGGAAUCCUUGCGAAGAAGCUACAAGGACACGGAGUUCCUUUGACGAAAGAAAACACGGAGCAGUUUUCUAAUUUCAUUGCGGACUAUAUCGUAAACACCAAAGCAAAGUGGAUCAAUGAAAAUGGAGGAUGGGACAAUGGCUUUGUCACCAAAUUUGAGGAAAAGAGCCCCUGGCAGCCUUUACACAGCAUAAAGACAAAAAUCCUGUCUGUUUUUUCAUUCUUCAGUCAAUAUUAUUGACAAACUUGGUCAAUGCUUCCUUGGUGACCACAAAAUAUUACAUUGCACUGUCUUCUGGGAAAAGUUCCUUUUAUUAGAAAACUGAGACUGACACAUUGCACCAAAGGAAGCACU